UGAUGGGAUACUUCUGGCUGAUGCUGAAUCUGAGUUUUCUUUUGUCCUCAGCUGCCUUUCCUCAUCGGCUGAACCUUUUUUACUUGGCCAAUGAUGUCAUACAGAACUGCAAGAGGAAAAAUGCCAUUGUCUUCCGGGACACCUUCGCGGAGGUGCUUCCCGAGGCCGCCUCGUUAGUGAAGGAUCCAUCCGUUUCCAAAUCCAUCGAAAGAAUCUUCAAAAUCUGGGAGGACAGAAACGUGUACCCCGAGGAAACCAUUCUGGCACUGAAAGAAGCUCUGAGUACCACUUUCAAAACUCAGAAGCAGCUGAAAGAGUCUCUGAACAAACCGAAUAAGCCGUGGAAGAAAUCACAAACGUCCACCAACCCGAAAGCUGCUCUGAAGUCCAAGAUUGUCGCCGAAUUCCGACCCCAGUCCCUCAUUGAUGAGCUGCUGUUGUACAAGCGCUCGGAAGACCAGAUAGAGCUGAAGGAGAAGCAGCUUUCCACCAUGAGGGUGGAUGUUUGCAGCACUGAGACACUCAAGUGCUUGAAAGAUAAAACGGGAGGGAAGAAGUUCUCCAAGGAGUUUGAGGAAGCGAGUUCGAAGCUGGAGGAGUUUGUGAACGGCCUGGACAAGCAGGUGAAGAACGGCCCCUCGCUCACCGAGGCGCUGGAGAACGCCGGGAUCUUCUACGAGGCGCAGUACAAGGAAGUCAAGGUGGUAGCGAAUGCCUAUAAAACAUUUGCUAAUCGAGUGAGCAAUCUGAAGAAAAAGCUGGACCAGCUGAAAGCAACACUUCCCGAUCCCGAGGAGUCUCCUGUCCCUUCUCCCAGCAUGGACGCCCCGUCUCCGACGGGCUCCGAGUCCCCUUUCCAGGGGAUGGGAGAGGAGAACAGCACCCGGUCCCCGGCAGCUGGAGGCCGCAAGAUGGUCACUCCAGAGCCUGCGACAGAUAAUCGGGACGUGGAGGACAUGGAGCUCUCUGACGUGGAGGACGAUACGUCCAAAAUCAUUGUGGAGGAGAGGAAGGACAAACAGGCUGCUCCAGCCCCAGCACCUGCCAAGACUGAGAGUGUCCCCAAAGCAGUCCCAGUGGCCACCGCGGCCGCCACGGCCUCGGGGACGGUGACAACGCCGGCCCCGACCCCUCCGGCUCCGAAGGCGGCGAGCGCGGUGCCCGUCCCGCCGGCACCGGCGCUGGCCCUGCCCAACCUGGCCAACGUGGACCUGGCCAAGAUCAGCUCCAUCCUGAGCAGUUUGACGUCGGUGAUGAAGAGCACAGGUGUGAGCCCUGCCUCCAGACCCUCUCCGGGGACCCCGACCAGCCCCACAGCUCUCACCAGUGGCCUGAAGACUCCUGUCCUGGGGACUCCGUCUGCUCCUUCGAAUCCGUUAGCAAACAUUCUCUCCAAAGUGGAGAUAACUCCGGAAAGCAUUUUGUCGGCUCUCUCCAAAACCCAGACCCAGACGGCGCCGGCACUGCAAGGUUUGUCAUCCCUGCUGCAGAGUGUGGCUGGAAACACCGUCCAGUCGGGCGAACCCGCCUCCCAGAGCACUUCGGCAUCACCAGCCAACACAACUGUGCCCAGCAUGAAGGGGAGGAAUGUUCCUUCCAAUCCACAGUCCUUUAUAUCCAAAAGCUUUGGUUAUUCUCCAAACUCAUCCACCGCAGAGGUUUCCUCCACUUCAGUCAAUAAGGCUCCCAUUGGACACACCCCAGCACUGUCAAGCUCCAGUUUUAAACCACCAACCAAUUCCCUGGGAUUUUCCAGUUCCCACCCUACCAGUCCUUCUUCCCUUUUGCCAACAGAACCCCCACUGGGUCAGUCCUCCGAAAUUUCAAAAGCCAAGCUGGAAUCAGAACCCCCUUCUCCCAGCCUGGAGAUGAAGAUACACAAUUUCCUGAAGGGAAACCCUGGCUUCAGUGGCCUGAACUUGAAUAUUCCCAUCCUCAGCAGCUUGGGGUCCAGCAUGGCAGCGGAGAGUCACACCUCUGACUUCCAGCGUGGUCCCACCAGCACUUCCAUGGACAAUGUGGACGGGACGCCGGUGCGGGACGAGCGGAGUGGGACACCCACCCAGGACGAGAUGAUGGAUAAGCCGACAUCGAGCAACGUGGACACGAUCUCCCUGCUGUCAAAAAUCAUGAGCCCUGGUUCUUCUACUCCCAGCAGCACGAGGUCACCUCUGCAGGGCCGGGAUGAUGGAUAUUCCCAAGAACUUCCCAGUUCCGUGCACGGCUACCGGCCCUUCGGCCUCGGCAGGGAGUCUCCGGCCGGGCUGUACAAGCCGCCUGCGGACAGCAGGGAGAUUCCCUCCUCUUUGAUGGACUCCUCCCAGGAGAAGUUUUACCCAGACACGUCUUUCCAAGAAGACGAGGAUUACCGUGACUUCGACUACUCCGGGCCGCCGCCCUCGGCCAUGCUGAACCUGGAGAAGAAGCCCGUCAAGUCUAUCCUAAAAUCGAGCAAACUCCCGGAGUCAGCGGAGUACCAGCCGGUGCUGUCCAGCUACGGCCAGAGGUCGCAGGAGUUCGGCGUGAAGCCGUCCUUCCCCCCCUCCAUGAGGUCUAUCCUGGAUCAGAGCGAGGGCUGCGACCCGCUGGCCUCGUCCCCGGGGAUGUUCGGGAGCUACGGCCGCCGGGGGAAGGACUCGGCCUCGGACGGGUCCCCGUCGCCCAGCAAGAACGACGUGUUCUUCACGCCGGACUCCAACCACAACACCCUGCCCAAGCCCGGGCUCCCGCAGAAGCAAUACCCGGACUCGCCCCACGCGCUUCCCCACCGCUCGCUCUUCUCCUCCCAGAACACCCUCCCCAGCCCUGCCGGCCGAGCGCCCGCAGCGGGCGGGGACAAACCCAUGGGCUCUUCCAUCUCCACCACCUCCACCAUCGAGUUCAAGAACAUGCUCAAAAACGCCUCCCGGAAGCCCUCCGAGGAGAAGCACUUUGGGCAGAUUCCCAAAAGCAGCUCCGGCGAGGGCGGGAGCUUGUCCGGGGCCGCCAAGGACCCGCAGCCUCCCGAGGAGCACUAUCGCAUCGAGACCCGCGUGUCCUCCUCCUGCCUGGACCUGCCCGACAGCACCGAGGAGAAGGGGGCCCCCAUCGAGACGCUGGGCUACCACAAUGCCUCGAGCCGGGGCAUGUCGGGGGAGCCCAUCCAGACCGUGGAGUCCAUCCGGGUGCUGGGCAAGGGCAGCCGGGGCCACGGGCGCGAGGGGAGCCGGGCGGGCUGGUUCGAGCUGAGCAGCGGCGGGAGCGCCUUCGAC